AUGCCGUCGAGUACCUUCACCACGAUCACAAGCCUCGCAGGCUGGAGCUAUGUCCCCGACAUUAUCACCCGCCUCCUCCUCUCUUACCUCCUCUACCCCUACCUCAAUCGCCGCCGCUCAUCCCCCUCUUCACCUACCUCUAAACACAUCCUCACUCAAACCCACUACCGCCUUACCUUCACCUUCGUCGUCAUCUCCUAUCUCCUCUACAACUUCCUCAAAGCCCACAACUCUACGCCUCCCAAUUUCUAUGAGCUACUCAAUGUGAAGCCAAACGUCGAUCUCGACGGGCUAAAGACUGCGUACAAGACGUUUGUAAGGACUGGACAUCCGGAUAAGGCGGGUGUGGAGGGGCAGGAGUUAUUUAUGAAAAUUCAGGAGGGAUAUGAGGCGUUGAAGGAUCCGACGAAGAGGUGGGCUUAUGAUCGGUUUGGCCCUGAAGCGCUACACUGGAGGCGAACUGUGACGCCCAGUGACUACAUGUACCAUGGAUUAACGCAAUCCCUUGGAUUCCAUAUAUUCACAGGCCUCAUGCUCCUUUUCUUCUCUGCUAUCGGAAUGAGCAGUGGCGUUGCGUUCUGGCGUUAUAUCCUCUUCUUUGCCCUCAUGGCUUCCGAACUCGCCCUCCUCUUCAGCCCAUCCCCGGGGUCACAGGUUGUUGGUGUCUACGGCCGCCGAACGGAUCUCUUAUCGGCGUUGUUUCCGACGAGGGUGCCGUUCCAGCAUAUCAAGUUUUUGCAUCAGAUUUUCAUGUUCCUCUCCAUCGCCCUCUCCCGCGUCGCGCCCGUCCUCUUCCCCGGCCUCUCCUCUUCCCCCUCCGACCCCAGUUCUCGCAAAGUCGCAGAGAACGCGAGGGUCGUGGCUGAGAAAGUGAGCUCGUUGGAGAAACAAAUCGUGGAGCUGCUGGAGCAAGAGAUGACCAGUUUAAGGGAGCAUCCUCUGUUGAGAGCUUCUUCUGAGCCUGCGUCUUCGGCCGCUACGACAGAACAGGAUCAGGGUCAGGGCCAGCGACAACGGGCAGCAAGUGUGGGCGCGGAUGUGGAUGAACGGACGAUGAAGCUCCUUACGCGAGAGAUGGAGAGGAUGGUGAUCGAAGGCAGACUUAGUAAUCUGCCGCGGUUGAAUGAGCAGGGUGUUGAUGAUGGCUUCGUGGAUAAGAGGCAGAGAGUUGUUGACAGGUUUGCGGUUCGAAUGAGGGAGCAGGAGCGGGCAGGGGGGAUGAGAGGAUCCGUCUUCGGUGCGAGGAGGGGAACAUCACGGAUGGAAGAGACGAGUGGGGCUGGCAAUGGGCGGGAAGUAAAUGUGCGCGGUGGUGGUGGUCGAGAUGAAGGAGAUGGGAGUAGGAAUACGAACGCCUUACCAUCGCCUGUGUCGCCACCCAGGAAUUUAGCGGAGUUGGAGAACGAACACGAUGCGGUGCUCGUGUCAAGAGCCGACCUUGGUCCUCCUUCCCACUCACCAUCUCAGUCCCAUCACUAUCUACAACCACACCCACAAUCUCAACCAUUCCCAGCGAGAGGUGUCAGUGCUGGUCCCGAGGCUGAGGGCGUUGGUUCCGGUGCUGGGUUACCACAUGGAACGAGGGUGAGGGCGUGGUCGCCGUUGGGUGGGGUCGCAGAUGGGGGCGGUUCGGCUUUGGGGCUCGGAUAUGUUAGAGCUCGGUCGAAGAGUUGUUGA